CUGGGAGGCAGGGGGUCACGGACAGAGUUGAUCCAUCGCUUGUAUUGUACACGACGGAGGGAUUUCUGGGAGCCAGAGAGCCACAUCCAGCUCGUACAGUAUGGGGAGAUAGAAGUGGGAGUUUCAGGUACGCAGUGGCUCUGUUUUACACUCCGCUUAAUUUCACCCGAAGAGGUCGACGACCGAAGAUUAUGACCCAGUUCCAGUCGCAGAACCUGAUCAACCUCUCCAGUUUCUCCAGCACCGUGAAAGCCGAGUCUGCCUCCACCCUGCCACUCUCUGCCAGCAUGGCCAACAGCACUGCUGCCACCCCUGGCAAGGUGAUAGGAACCCCCGGCCCCCCUGGGAGACUCAGCCCUGAAGGCACACAGGUACUCAGCAAAAAGAAGCUUCAGGACCUGGUGCGGGAAAUUGACCCCAAUGAGCAGCUGGAUGAAGAUGUUGAGGAGAUGCUGCUGCAGAUUGCCGAUGACUUCAUUGAGAGUGUGGUGACAGCCGCCUGCCAGCUUGCACGGCACCGCAAGUCCAGCACCCUAGAGGUGAAAGAUGUACAGCUGCAUCUCGAGCGCCAGUGGAACAUGUGGGUCCCUGGCUUUGGCUCUGAUGAAAUCCGACCUUACAAGAAGGCCUGCACCACAGAAGCCCACAAACAGAGAAUGGCACUGAUCCGUAAAACCACCAAGAAAUAGUACUGCCUGAAGCAGCUAGACCAAGAUGUUCUGACCUUGUUUUUUCCUUUAUUCUUUCUUUUUGAAAUCAGGGUUUGUUGUGGGUGGGUCAUGGAAUUUAGAAGAUGGCGAAGGAGUGGUAUUGUAACCAGUAUAUCGAAGUAGCUAAUAUUGUCUACAUUUUUAAGAUGAGGUAGGCUGAGGGUGUGGGCAAUGUUUAUUACCCAUGGUUUCUAACUACACUCACAUAUAUGAGUUGCGUGUGUAUCAAAGGUAAGUCCCCUGAGUUGGCCAUCACUGUGUCUGACUGCUAGGAUCAUUGGUGUUUGUUUAUAUUUUUUUAACCCGUGGUUUUGCCAUAGUGCACUGGCCCCUUCCUCACAAUAUGUGUUUGUCACCAGAACUUUCUCUGGAUUGGGACUCUUGUGGGAAGGACUUUUAAUUAGAGCUUCUGGAGCCACCUCUAGAUGGACUUCAGUGGAUGCUAAAGUUAAUUAAAAAUAUUACAGUAAAUUUGUGUCCCAGACUGCUUGCUCCCAUUUAUUACCCUAAUCAUUGUUCAGUGUAAAUGUCACAUUUUAAACUGUCAGUCCCACAUAGGAAUGUCCAGUAGCCGUCAUGUCCGGUAACAGUGCAUUUAGGCUCACUCAGCUGUGAGGGUAUUUGGGGCAUGCACCUCAUUUUUCUCUGUUUGGAGUGUUCUAUUCUUUUCAUGUUUAGAUUCUCUGAAUUGUGCAUCUCAUAACAGUGACACUUUAGUUUGGUUGGAAAUGUUUGAAUUAUAUCAUGUUUUUUCACCAUCAAUAAAACAAAACUAAUUAUUUCACUGUA